UUUUGCCAAUACCCUCGUUCACCCCAACACUAUUUGAUUUUGACGAUUGUUCACCAUCGAUUUUUUUUUUUUUAAAAAAAAAGUCUGGGCCACAGAAGAGUCCAGACUUUUCCAGAAGCAGCCAUCAAGGUCGCCGCCCCGACUUUGGUGCUCCCGGAUCUCCGGCUGGAGAUUUUAGCGACUUCGGACCCUUGACAUGUUCGCAAUCAGAAGACGGUUUUCCUCUCCUCUUCCUACCGACCACAGACCAAGGUGACGGGCGUCACUUUCUCCCGCGCAACGACACAGGCGCGAUUUUGCCAGGAAUUUUGAGCUGAACAGGAGCGCCGCCAUCAACCCCUCGCAGCGGCUGGGGGGGUUUACCGGAGAGAUACAUAUCUCUCAACUGUUUUGGGGCUGCAGAAGUGUUUUUGUGUUGGACGUCUUGGACAUUGCAGAAUCCAGAGAUCAUGGCUGCCCCAUAUUCCCCCUACGGGUCUACGCCCGGUCAGGAGUACCUUUACGACGAAACGAAGUUUCCCACCCCGUCCCCGACUCCCUCCCCCCGGGGAUCGGGCUACUACUACGGCGCCACACCUCAACGGCCGGCAACGCGAGCACAUUUCCGCAACGGGAGCACCAGCGGCAUCAACAGCGGCUACGCCAGCCCUCGGGGUCCCUCCUUCUCACCGCGUUACACGAGCGACGGCCAGUACGCCACUGUCAAUGUGAGUGUCUCGCGGUCACGCAAGCCAAGUUUUUCGGGUCCGCCGCGCCCCACGCGCGAGCGUCGCUCCUCCUUUUCCUACUAUCCGUCCUCGAUAUCGCACGGCGAAUCCGACGAGGACGAGUUUGUCGAUCUCGGCGGCCGCGCCUUUGUGCUGCCGGGGCGGCCGCGACCGAGACCAUACAAGGACUACUUCACUGUCAACGCUGGUGGGCACGGAACUGAUUACGGCUACUAUGCACAGGGCGGUCCAAUCUUCGACAGGGAUGCUGGGUUCGCGUCUGCGCGGUUCGAGCCCGAUCGCCGGCCGCCCCCGCCAGUCGCCGGUCACGCCCGCCGCAACUCCACCUCGGUGCCCCAACGGCCCCAGACCGCCCGGCCCAUGGCCACCAUGCACAAGAAACCACCGGUUCCUCCCCAAUCCCGCCAGGCCACGGAGGACGAUGCCAAGCGGCACAAGAUCCCACCUGGUUACUCGCUGAAGAACUGGGACCCGACCGAGGAGCCCAUCAUGCUGCUUGGAAGCGUGUUCGAUGCCAGUUCCCUAGGAAAGUGGAUUUAUGACUGGACCGUCUAUCACCACGGCGCCGGCUCCCCCAUCGGUGACCUGGCCGGCGAGCUGUGGCUCCUCCUUAUCCAGCUGGCGGGAAAGAUCAAGCGUGCCGAGGGAACCGUCGAGAAGAUCAGGUCCAAGGACAACCGGGAGAUGGUCGAGGAAUUCAUUGAGGCCGGUUACCGACUCACCGACAAGCUCCGGAAGCUGCUCAAGGCCUGCGAAGCACCCAUGCUCAGGUCCAGCAAGCAGAAGAAGGAAGGCCAGCUUGGCAAGAGUGCCGGUGUUGAGUUUGUUGAGACUCUCUUCGGCCGCGAUCGCGAGAUGGAGCGGACUGAGCGCUUCAUGGCUUCUGUUCGUCUUUGGAACUUUCGCUUUGACACCAAUUGCGAGGAGAUUCUCAGGAAGCCCACCAUGUAAAAGCAGGAAUGGGGAUAUAUCCCUCCCUCCCCUUUCCUCCUGGACUUUUCUCCCUGGUGCCGGAUUCUUUGCCAUCAUGGGAUACCAUCCGGUCGGACAAGCUCUCAUUACCAAAACAACAAAAAAAGCAAAACACAACAGGAUACCCAUAAAACCAGGCUGUACGAUUAGGUCUCUUUUUCGGAGUCGUUUGGU